UCUAAAGUAAUCCAUAACUGACAAUUAAUGUCAAAGCGCCUGCUGGAGCAGCUUCAUGCUGCAUCGCUGGCUGGAACAUGGCUGAUGGAAAAAAAGCCUUAUAAGAUCCUGCUCAUCAGAAUACUCCUAAAUGCAGCAUAAUGCCUUCAAAAGUGUCAUGUUUGUACUUGUUGACAGUGGUGUGCUGGGCGAGUGCUCUGUGGUACCUGAGCAUAUCUCGCCCAAACACCACCUAUGUUGGCCACAUGUCCGUGCCUAUACGUAAGACUGUGAAGCCCCACAAAAACAUCACUUUCACCAACAUCCGCACCCGUCCCCUUAACCCACAUGCCUUUGAGUUCAUCAUCAGUGAGCCCAAGAAGUGCGAGAGCGUCACGCCCUUCCUGGUCAUCCUCAUCAGCACCAACCACAAGGAGUUCGACGCACGGCAAGCCAUCAGGGAGACCUGGGGCGACGAGAGCACCUUCACCGACAUCCGCAUCCUCACCAUCUUUCUCCUGGGCAAGAACACGGACCCUGUUCUCAAUCAGAUGGUGGAGCAGGAGAGCCAGAUAUUUCAUGACAUUGUGGUGGAGAACUUUAUCGAUUCUUAUCACAACCUCACCCUAAAGACCAUGAUGGGGAUGCGCUGGGUGGCGACAUUCUGCCCCAAAGCGCAGUACGUCAUGAAAACAGACAGUGACAUCUUUGUCAACAUGGACAAUCUGAUCUAUAAACUCUUAAAGCCGACCACCAAGCCGAGGAGGAGAUAUUUCACCGGCUACGUCAUCAACGGUGGCCCUAUUAGGGACAUGCGCAGUAAAUGGUACAUGUCCAGGGACUUGUACCCCGAGAGUAGAUACCCACCUUUCUGCUCGGGCACCGGCUACGUGUUCUCCGCAGACGUAGCCGAGCUCAUCUAUAAGACUUCUUUACACACAAGACUGUUGCAUCUGGAGGAUGUGUACGUGGGACUGUGUUUGCGAAAGUUAGGUAUACAUCCAUAUCAGAACAGCGGGUUUAAUCACUGGAAGAUGGCGUACAGUCUGUGCAGGUACAGACGAGUUAUCACCGUGCACCAGAUCUCCCCGGAGGAGAUGCAUCGCAUUUGGAAUGACAUGUCAAGUAAGAAGCACCUUAGAUGUUAG